AGACUCACGAAUGUGGCAGUCGAUCGUCUCAGUUUUCCAGUUAAGAAUGGCCGGUACGAACAAAUUGUUCAAGGUGUUUGCAAUCAUUUUAUUGCUGGGCGCCGUACUCCUAAUUGUCGACGCUUCAAAUAAGAAACAUUUGAAGAAAAAAACAGCUUCAAAGAAGACCUUCAAACAGCUUCUAUUUUCCGACGAUGACGAUCUGAUGCUCGGAGAUGAACCGGAGUCUAGCGGUGAUGGUUCUAAUGUCCCAGAUAAUGAAGGAAGUGCGAGUCCAACAAUCAAGUCCUUGCCACAAGCUAACCAGGUCGAUCCUGAUUUCUCCAUCGACGGAUUACCGGACAUCAACGAUCUUCUAACCGAAGAAGGAAAUAAUUUUAAAUGGCCAACGUUUAAACCUCCAGUGCAGCCAACGGCUAGACCCCCCUGCCAUUCAACUAACUCUUGUCCACCGGUGAAACUCCCCUGUCAAUCGGGUCAACCUUGCCCACCGGCCCAACCGCCCUGUUAUGGUAAACCCUGUCCACCAGUACAACCUCCGUGCAAUACAGGUAAACCUUGUCCACCGAUCCAACCUCCUGUGCGACCUCCAUGCCAGUCAGGUAAACCUUGUCCACCGAUCCAACCUCCUUGUCAUUCAGGUAAACCUUGUCCACCGGUCCAACCACCGGCCCAACCUCCUUGCCAUUCAGGUAAACCUUGUCCACAGGUCAAGCCUCCGUGCCAGCCUAAUCGCCCAUGUCACUCUAAACUUCCGUGCCACUCAUCUAACGGUCUCUGCAACCCACUCAGCCUGCCGCCUGCAUACAGCCCAACCAGCGUGUGUGGAAAAACCUACUUUUGUCGAAAAGGUUUCAGCGGCCCUUGUAAUAGAAAUGAAGUUUUUACUUCUUCGCCGAGCCAUUUAUCACGGCCCGUCUCUUUUGCACGCUCGAAGUGCUCCAACUAUUUUUCUCCGCCGCCAGGUUGCUUUUCAUCAACGAAUAAUCCGUUCACUUUAACAGGCAAGAGCUCACCUGGGUAUUGUACGAUUCGCUAUGCCCAGCAGCCUUGCUACGGCUACCCUUCGACGUACCGCUAUUGCAAACAAACGAAACACUGCUAUCCUACCAUGUCCACGUCACUGUACAACCCAAGACCAUCACACGGGCCGUGUCUGGCUGACCAGUAUUUUACUGCCGCAGAUCAAAGCUACGGUUAUUGUCGUUGCAGUCGUCCCAACUAUGUUCAUUGUCCAAAGACCAAUCGCUGUUAUCCAGCAUACACUAAGGGCUCUUGUUCCACCGGCCAGUGGCUUGUUCCACACGGAAAUCAUGGCUUAGCUACCUGUAAAGCUUGCCCUUGCCCUUCGCUGGCGGACGGUCAGCACAUUUACUGGAGCGGGACGGGCCAGCAACAUGGAAGACCGGGUUGCUACAAGUCACAAACCCGUGGUCCUUGCCGACACGGCAUGCGAUUUGUGAUCAGCGAUAUUCUCACGGGUUCUGCGCAUUGUGUCCGCAAUCACUCGGACAAGAGACGGCCGAGUUCGAGUUACAACUCGUUGUUGAGCGACUGGAACUUGUUUUACGGGAAAUUCUAAGUUUUAACCGGUCAGUGCAAUAAGUUUUAGAAAUUUGCCGAACCAAUCGUUUGUAAGAAAACGUAUGUAUGUAGUCAGGAUAAAAAUGCAAGAUUUUGAUUUUAAAACUCGCAAAAAUCCAAUUCAGUACUGCCAAGAAAUAAAAUAGCCUUUCUUUUUGUCCCUA